AUGACAGUGUCAGAUAAAAGUGGAUUAUUAUCACCAGAGAAGGGAUUAACAGAAAUGUCCCCCGGAGCAGCAGGAAGAUACCAACUGAGCAAUUCAUACAUCAGAGAUGGGGGAAACAGGAGUAGUAAUACCAGUAGUAAUAAUAGCAGUAAUAUCAGUAAUAGUGGCAGUAGUAGUAGCAACAGUGAUAGCAGUAGUAGUAGCAGCAGUUGUAGUGGCAGUAAUAAUAGCAGCAGCGAUGACAGUAGUAGUAUUAUCAGUAGUAAUAAUAUCAGUAAUGUCAGUAGUAGUAGCAGUAGGAACAACAGUACUAGCAGUAAUGUCAGUAGUAGUAGCAUCAGAAGUAGUAAUAACGGUAGCAGUAGUGACAGUAGUAGUAGCCAUGAUGAUAAUAGUGGCAGCAGUUAUAGCAGUGGUAGUAACAUCAGUAGUAAUAAUAGCAGUAGUGGCAGUAGUAGCAGAAGCGGUGGCAGUAGUAGUGGCAGCAGUGAUGAAAGCAGUGGCAGUAGUAGUAGCAGUGAUGAUAGUAGUGGCAGUAGUAGUAACAACAGUGAUAGUGGCAGCAGUGAUAGCAGUAGUAGUAGCAUCAGUAGCAAUAAUAGCAAUAGUGGCAGUAGCAGUAGCGUAGCAGUAGGAACAGUAGUAAUAGCAGUAGCAGUAGUGGCAAGUGGCAGUAGUAGUAGCAGUGAUGAUAGUAGUGGCAGUAGUAGUAACAACAGUGAUAGUAGUAGUGGUGGCAGUAGUAGCAUCAGCAGCAAUAAUAGUAGUGGUGGCAGUAGCAGUAGGAACAGUAGUAAUAGCAGUAGCAGUAGCAGCAGUGGCAGUAGUAGUGGCCGCAGUGAUGAUAGUAGCAGCAAUAGUAGUGGCAAAAGUGAUGAUAGUAGUAGCAAUAGUAGUGGCAGUAGCAGUGACAGUAGCAGUAGGAACAGUAGUAAUAGCGGCAGUAGCAGAGACAGUAGAAGGAACAGCCUGUGGUGGCCUCGACUGGCGAGGGUGGAUAGCGGUGAACCUGAAGAAGUCAGUCUUCGUAUUGUCGUUGAGACGUAG